GCUCCGCGGUAACUCUCGGGAGCCGCGGGAGCCGCUGGAGCCGCUGAGGUUCCAUCCUGCCUCCGCUCGGAUUCACCGCGAUUCCCUCUGCGAAGAGGCCGUUUUGCAGUUGGCGGCAGGUUAUUCCGCGGCCGGGCGCGGUUUAGAAAGAUCCGAACGUACACUCUUUAAAAAAAAGUUUUAAAAAAAUGAAUACAGUGUUGCCUCUUGAUCACAUCUUGAUGAAGGCACACCGAAGCUGUAAGUGGGCAUUUCAAAGUCCAGUUUGGCCUUCAUUGGCAAGGAGCACCAUCUGGCGGGGGCGUUCUCCGGUGGCGGAGCGCUGAUGACAGAGUUGUCAAAACUCAGCAACUACCCGGUCGGUGCCCUGUACAGGGCACGCAGACUGGACUGGACCCUCGCCGUUAGCGUGUAACGAACGUUACAAGUGCCACUGUCAACAGACGUAGGUCAGAGUCAAUUAGCCGCGGCUGGAGAUUAGAUUUAUAGCUGUUGGGGUAACUCCGCAGGUUACUUAUUCAAGCUAAACGCAAUCCCGCCAGGGAGCCGGGGCUGUGACAUCACUUCGGGGCGGGGCCUCGAGUCCUUAGAAAAGUCGGUGGGACUGGAGCUGCAGCAGCCGCCAGGCACCGCAGCGCGAUGAGCGGCAGCAACAGCUCGGAACUCCGGGUGCUCUGCAGCUCGGGCCAGCUGCUCCUGCAGCCCCUCUGGGACCGCCUGAGGACCCGGGAUGCCCUCACCCAGUCGCCCUUCUUUCCCGUCAUCUUCGCCAUCACCACCUACAUGGCCUUCUGCCUGCCCUUCGUGGUGCUGGAUGCUCUGUGCCCCUGGGUGCCGGCGCUGCGGCGCUACAAGAUUCACCCCGACUUCUCGCCAUCGGUGCAGCAGCUGCUGCCCUGCCUGGGACGGACGCUCUACCAGCACGUCGUGUUCGUGCUCCCCGUGACGCUGCUGCACUGGGCGCACGCCCCGGCCUUCCUGCCCCCCGAAGCCCCGGAGCUGCUUCAGCUGCUGCGCCACGUCGUGCUAUGUCUGCUGCUCUUCGACGCCGAGUUCUUCGCGUGGCACGUGCUGCACCACAAGGUGCCCUGGCUGUACCGCACCUUCCACAAGCUGCACCACCAGAACGCGUCCUCGUUCGCGCUGGCCACGCAGUACAUGAGCAUCUGGGAGCUCUUUUCCUUGGGCUUCUUCGACAUGGUGAAUGUGACGCUGCUCGGGUGUCACCCGCUCACCGUGCUGGUCUUCCACGUGCUCAACGUCUGGCUGUCGGUGGAGGACCACUCGGGCUACGACUUCCCGUGGUCCACUCACAGACUGGUGCCUUUCGGGUGGUACGGGGGCGUGGCGCAUCACGACCUGCACCACUCUCAGUUUAACUGCAAUUUCGCCCCUUACUUCACUCACUGGGACAAGCUGCUGGGGACCCUGCGGCCCUGCCCAUCCCAGCUGGGCGAUGAGACUCCGGGGAAAGCCCCCUAGACCCGGGGCUGCUGUUUGUUUCCUUCUUGAAUCAGGAGAAACACAGACGAACUCUUUUUCUUUACGCCAGUAACUUAUUAACUGUUGAGAACUGUUACAGAUAAAAUCGGAUGAUUUUCUGCUAGCUGACAAAGUAAUUUAUAGAAUGCUGGUAUUUCAAUCCAAUUGUGUUCCUGGUGUUGAAUCCCAGCACACUUCAACAGCCUUGAUCCCUGGAUCUAAACUGCAGAUCCAUCACUGGCGUAUCUAAAUCAUCUCUAGAAGGAUUUGUGUGCAGAACAUGGAAUUUUCUAUGUUUGAAAGUGUCCUAAAACCUUGACUGAAAGAA